UAUUCUGCGAUUGGCAAGAAGAAGAGGCAUAACAAAAGUGUUUUUGCAUUCUGAGAGUGGAAUAUUCCUACGCCCCAAAUUGGCUAACAAACCCAGAGACGAUAAAUAUUGCUAUACACCUACCGUAUAUACAUAUAGUAAAUCCAACUAAGCCACAAUGUACAUAUAAGGCAGACGUUAUCGAAGCGAGUCAUUCAGAGCAAGGAAUACAUUGGAUGGGAUAGAAGUGCAGCCUUAGAGGACGGAGCCAUCACCAUGGAUCCGCAGAAAAUUACAGAACUGGCCAGUUUGCUCCGUCAGAACGGCGACAAAAUAUUGAGCUCCGAGUUUACCUUGACGUUAUCAGGCUCCCUCCUGCGGGCACUGAACGACUCCUUCACCUUGAUUGCGGACAUUGAGAUCGGAUCCGGUGUAUCCCACUUGCAGCUCCAGUCCUUUCAGGUGGUCAAGCCCAUUAACGCGAAAUCCAGCGUCUUCUCCGACCUGCAGUUAGUUCACGACUUUGUGCAGAAGACGACCCUGCUGAAGCUGACCUACUUCCCUAGCGAGCUACACUUCGAUGGCGCCAUCGACAUAGCGAAAUUCCGAGCCCUUCGGCGGCUCGAGGUGAACAAGAUCAACAUUUGCCAGGUGGUGGGUAUCCAACCGCUGCGCAGCCAGCUACAGCACCUGAUUUGUGUGAAAAGCUUGACUAGCGUAGACGACAUAAUCACACGCUGCGGCGGCGACAACUCCAACGGUUUUGUGUGGAACGAACUUCAGACGGCCGACUUCAGCUACAAUAGUCUUCGCAGCGUGGACACCGCUCUGGAGUUCGCCCAACACUUGCAGCACCUGAACCUGCGGCACAACAAGCUUACCAGCGUCUCCGCUAUCAAAUGGCUGCCGCACCUGAAGACCCUGGACCUUAGCUACAACUGCCUCACGCACCUUCCGCAGUUCCACCUGGAGGCCUAUAAGCGAAUGCAGCUUCUGAAUAUUAGCAAUAACUACGUAGAGGAGCUGCUGGACGUGGCAAAGCUGAACUCUUUAAGCAACCUGGAUCUGUCCGACAACUGCCUGCUGGAGCACUCUCAACUUCUGCCCCUGAGUGCCUUGGUGUCCCUGACUAUACUAAACCUGCAGGGCAAUCCGCUAGCCUGCAAUGCGAAACAUCGGCAGGCCACAGCGCAGUAUCUAAACAAGAACUCCGCAUCGAUAAAGUUUUUGUUAGACUUUGAGCCACUGUCCAAGGCGGAGAAGGCGCUGACGGGCAGUCAGAAAUGGCGCUUCAUAGGGCCGCACAACCAUCGCCUGCCCAGAAGUAGCUCCUUGUCUAUCAACAGCUCCAGCUCCAUUAACACCAGCGAAGGCUCGAGCUUCGGUUCUCAGCGAUCGGUGACAAUAAGGGAAAAUGAUUACUUGGCAGAAGCAGAGCAGUCCAUGGGAAUGGAAACUUCGCAGUCCAGCAAGAGGCCAAGCUCAAAAAAGAUUAGGACCGUGGAUAUAGAGGAAAACAGUGACACUGAGCCAGUCAACGCAGGUGUUCACACACCGAAACCUCUAUCUGACACCGAAGAGGGAACCGAUACUUCCCACCUGGAAACUAAGAAGCAAAUUGAGGCCCUCCGUUCUACUUAUGGCAAUAAAUGGUUGAAGACUGGUAAUGCAGAGCUGUUGCUGGGUAUCGACUCACCGCAGCCUACUGAACGGGAGCGUAGCGAGGCUCGCCAGCUUUUCAACGAGUUUCUGGGAGAAUUUUCGGGAUCAUCUAAGGCGAUAGUUGAUUAUCAAGCAGAUUCUGAGCAUCUCAACAUUAGCUCGACUCCCACAAGCAGCGUUGUGUUGAGUACCACUUUUGACACCACCCUGACCCCUAUUAAGUCGGAUGCGAACGACGAAAGUGGGCUUAGUUUAUACGAGACCUGUACUGAGGGAGAAGUGACAAAUUACGUAAGCAUUGCCAACACCACCGAGGAUGUGUCGGAAAAUUCGCGUCAAAAGCACAACGAGCUGUUGAGUCUUUAUGCGAAUAGCUCAAAUGUUGGCCAUGAUGACGAUCCGGUAUCCGAGGCAGAGUCCGACGAAGAAACCUAUAUUGUGUAUCAUGAACAAAAACCGAGCGAAGCUCUGUUCCUAACCAUAUCCUCGAACUUCAUCCGCGAAAAGGAUACUCUAACCGAACGGACCAAAACCAAAUGGAGUCUGAAAAUACUGGAGUCAUGCGAACGCUUAAAGUCCAAUACGUUACGAAUGAAUUUCGACACGAUGCGAAAGGAUAAACAGGAGCGGAUUUAUUGUGUUGAGAAUACAUUGUGUCAGGCACUGGAAAAAAAGCUACGAGAUAUUCUCUCGCUGCGUGAUCUGACCGAAAUGAACAUAUCUAUCUAUCGCUGUGUGAAUUGUCUCACUCAAUUUACAAUUGAGCAGAAAAGCAAGCGAUAUAAAACGAAGGAUUUGCGCUGUCCGGACUGUCGCAGCGAGUACGUGGCCGAAGUAACGGAGUUGUCCACCUCUUUAAACAAACCAUCAGGGGAAGUGGUGGCCGAGCCCAAACUUUCUCCUGCCAUGAUUGUCGAGGAAUUGCCCGUAGACCCAUAUGUUAAGACGAUAAAUAAGGAGGAAAGCAACAGCAUUGUGGCCAACUACAGGCUUUCAACUGCUAAAAACACACCCAAGCGUAGGAGUUUGAUGCAAUCCACAAAAAGUUCCGCCAAUUCGCUAAACGAAAGCAGCUCUUGUUCGAAAAUUACCAACUCGCAGAGCUCGUUUGACUCUAAUCAGUCCGUAGUGGGCAGCUCAAACACUAAUCGCGAUCUAGAGUUUCGGGCGAACGAGAGUGAUGUGGACAUCAUUUCCAAUCCCAGCCAGUCCAGCAUAGAGGUGCUGGAUCCGAACUGCGUCCAAAACGCCAGUCGCAAGACCUCAGAAGAGCGUCGCAUAUCCCAGCUGCCGCAUCUGGAGACGAUUAACGAUGAAAUAGUGCAAUCUAAAGGCUUCAUCGAACGAGAGUUCGAACAGCUUCUGGCGGAGCAAGGUCUGCCUAAGGCACCUGCUGCUACCGAAACUUCAUCUGUGCCCCAAAUUCCGCUGACAGAGAGCAGUUCAUCAGGAUCCGUAACUGACAGCAUUUGUACCACCUACGAGCAGCAGGGCAUGGAUGCUUCGCACAUUCUGCCGAAUUCGCCUCCCCCCGAGUUGGCAGGCAGUCAGAUAAGUAGCUCAGAGGCGGAUUCGAAUAACCAUUUAAAGAAAGCUGAAGAAGCUAGCCUCAUACCAUUUGCAUCCGUCCUCCAAUCAACAAACCUGCUAAUGUCCAGUUCAAAAAAGAUGAUCGAGUCAGAAAGUAGCCUCUUAGGCCCUGAACCUUACAAGUUUAACUACAGCGACUUCAAUAACAUCGAUCACCGCCUAAAGCUCUACUUCUACCAGUGCAAGUUCAAGGAGGAAGCCGAGCACUUUAAGUGGCUAGCCAAGGGGCAUAUAUAUAACGAGCAGACCCAGGCCCUGGCAGAAGGACUCGUGGUGAUGUCAAACUGCAAGUGCUAUUUAAUGGAGGCGUUUGCAGUACCCCAAGACGACGUGGCCAAGUGGCUACGGCAAGUCGUCAGUGUGUCUGUGAAUCGGUUGGUGACGAUUGAGCUGCUGCCCUGGAAACUGGGACUGUCUUUCACCCUACGAGAUUGGGGAGGAUUUUCAUUGCUGUUGCACGACAUGCUCAGAACCGAUAAUUUACUUCUUUACUUGCAACAUAAUCCUCUGGAAGUCCAAUGCAAACUGAGUCAACAACCAUCGCCCACACUUAGCAAUCAUUUGCAGACCAUAGCAUCCGAGCCAGUUAAGAUGUGCUCCCUGCUUCCCAGCUGUCAAUGGAUUUGUGAACACGAGAAGAGCAGCUUUGAACCCUGUCUACUUCUAAUCACGGAGUCACACUUGUACAUCUUAGGAAAUGGCAUAUUCUCCUGGCUAUCGAACAAAAUUCAGAAAAAGUCAAUUUAUCAAGAAUUAAGUCUUAACCAGCCCUUAAGUAAUUUGGUGGACGUGGAACGUAUCACAGACCAUAAGUAUGUAAUUAACUUUAUCGAUGAGACGCAAAACAAGACCGAGAUCUGGCAGUUGAUGUUCGAGACGCAUGAAAACGCCGCGUAUUGUCUAAAUGUUAUUGGACAAGGGUGGAAGCAGCUGUUUGGUGUGCCAUUCAGCAUUUCUGGAACGUAGUAUAGCUCUCUAGCCUUCCCUCGGCUACUAGUAAGGGUUACCUUGCAUCAGAAAAGAAAAGUUUAUUGUGCAAAAUCUAGAAUUGUUGAUCUUUAUUGACUAUGUUAUUUAAUGUCAAAUUAGUUUUAUUAACUUAUCCUACGCAUAUGAAGGGUAAGGUGUAGAAUAGGUUUUAAGUAAUCAGAAAUGGUGCUGACCAACGAAAUAAAUAUAAAUAGUUAUAA